CAAUCAGUGAAUGGUUUCUUAAUUGUUACCGUCUCUUCAUUUCUCUCUCUGUUAACUAAAAUUCUUUGGUAAUAAUAAUGACUUCGACAAAGCGCGAAAAUCCAACAACACAACAACAAGAACAACCCCGUGCAAAGAGGUUCAAGAACACAUUACCAGAUGAAAUUACUCAAUCUCUGCAAAAUUCCCGUGUUGUUCUCAAUCCUGCUGACUGCGAUUUGGCUUUCAAUGUUGAACCUGACGAGCUCACAGGGCACGGACUUUAUGAGCAGGGAUUUGCUUAUUGCUGGUCUGGUGCACGGGCGAACAUUGGAAUCAUUGGAGGGAAAUACUAUUUUGGAUGCAAAAUUGUUUCUGGUCAACCUGUGACAAUGGAAGACACUCCUUUAAACCAGCAACAUGUUUCGCGUGUGGGUAUUUCAACAGCUGAUGAUCCUGUAGGCAAUCUUGGUGAAACUAAUCGUAGCUUUGGGUAUGGUGGAACUGGGAAAUUCUCAAAUGCUGGCCGAUUUGUGGAUUAUGGUGAAAGUUUUGGCAUUGGUGAUACAAUUGUUUGCUUAGUGAAUCUUGAAAGUAAACCUUUCGCUUCAAUUGAAUUCUCAAAAAAUGGGAAACGGUUAGGUAUUGCAAAGCAUUUUGAUGCAGGUCCCAAAGGUGUUGGCGUUAGUGAUUCUCCAGCUGGGAAACUAGCAUGGGAAUCAGCCCUCUUUCCUCAUGUUCUGCUGAAAAAUACUGUGGUUGAGAUGCAAUUUUGCAUGGAAGAUGGACUACAUCCUGAAGAAGGAUACAAGCCAUGGGCCUCGGCUGUGAAAGAUGGAAAAGCAGUGUUGGGACCUGUUUUUCCUGACAAAACAGAUUGUGAGGUGUUAAUGAUGGUUGGAGUACCAGCUUGCGGAAAGACUACCUGGGCAGAAAAAUGGGUUAAAGAACAUCCUGAAAAACGCUACAUCUUGCUUGGGACAAACCUGGCCCUUGAUAAGAUGAAGGUCUCAGGUCUAUCGCGGAAGUUCAACUAUAGUGAACGUUUUGAUCGUCUGAUGGACCGGGCAACUGGAAUAUUUAACACUUUGUUAUCAAGAGCAUCCAAAAUAUCUCGGAACUACGUAAUUGAUCAGACAAAUGUUUAUAAGAGUGCUCGAAAGCGGAAAUUGAAGCCAUUUGCAUUUUUUUACAAGAUAGCUGUUGUGGUCUUCCCAAGACAAGAAGAGCUGAAGAUACGUGCUGAAAAAAGAUUCAAAGACAUGGGCAAGGAAGUACCUCCUGAAGCAGUUAAUAAGAUGUUAGCUAAUUUUGAUUUACCCAUGAGCAAAGACAUGCAUAUGACAGAUGAGUACUUUGAUGAGGUCAUCUUUACAGAUCUCAGUAGAGGUGAAGCACAGCAGCAUCUGGAAGCGAUGAAGCAUUCCCUAAAGUUUUCAUCUAGUGUAAUGUCCAAGACUGAUCAUCUAUCGUAUGCCCGUGAAAGUUGCGUUAAUUCAGAUUCUAGGAUGUCGGCUUGUCCUGUACCUGGUCCUGGAUAUCCCUACUCAGGAUAUUCAAGCCCCUUGCCAGAACAUCAAACAGAUGGAGGCUCUUGGAUGGUACGUCCUGAGCCUGCUUUGCAGCCAACACCUGCCAAUAUGAGUUCAUUGUCUGAAUCUUGUUAUCCAAUUUCACCUUAUGGAACUCAGAAUCCAACGCCAGAGGGAAAUCACAUUGCUGAUAUAAUAAUGACUUCGACAAAGCGCGAAAAUCCAACAACACAACAAGAAGAACAACCCCAUGCAAAGAGGUUCAAGAACACAUCACCAGAUGAAAUUACUCAAUCUCUGCAAAAUUCCCGUGUUGUUCUCAAUCCUGCUGACUGCGAUUUGGCUGAAAAAAGAUUCAAAGACAUGGGCAAGGAAGUACCCUGUGAAGCAGUUAAUCAGAUGUUAGCUAAUUUUGAUUUACCCAUGAGCAAAGACAUGCAUAUGACAGAUGAGUACGUUGCUGAGGUCAUCAUUACAAAUCUCAGUAGAGGUGAAGCACAGGAAGCGACGAAGCAUUCCCUAAAGUUGUCAUCUAGUGUAAGGGCCAAGACUGAUUAUCCAUCAUAUGCCCGUGAAAGUUGCGUUAAUUCAGAUUCUAGGAUGUCGGCUUGUCCUGUACCUGGUCCUGGAUAUCCCUACUCAGGAUAUUCAACCCCCUUGCCAGAAUAUCAAACAGAUGGAGGCUCUUGGAUGGUACGUCCUGAACCUGCUUUGCAGCCAACACCUGCCAAUAUGACUUCAUUGUCUGAAUCUUGUUAUCCAAGUCUCGACGUGAGCGAGAUAUUCAUGGUAAAUACCAGUUAUAGACCUGGAUAUCCUGGGAAAUUAGAACCACCGGCUGCUUCUUUCUCCCAUCAAGGAAGCUUGAAUCCGAUACCUCCUAGAACAUACUCAAGCUACAUAAAUCAUAUUCCUAUUGAUAAUCUCGCGCAAUAUGGCAGCUAUAUGCAUGAUCCUCAUGGAAGACAUGAAGCACCCUACUCUUAUGGAACUCCAGGAAAUGGAAAUAAUGCAGAAGGUCCAGGAUCAACCUAUCAGCCUCGUCAUGUUUCACCUUAUGGAACUCAGAAUCCAACGCCAGAGGGAAAUCACACUGCUGAUGUACAGUAUCCUGGGAAUGCACCCUCCUAGAUACUUUACUAAAUGCUGGUUGCUGGACCUUUAAAGUAUGUCGAAUUUUGCUGGUCACUGAUAUCGAUUAGUGUAAAUAUUGUGUGGAUAAAUUGAUUUGAACUCUUCCUUAGGAUACUAUGAAUAAGUAUGAACAGUUCUGAGAA